GCAGCAGAGCCUACGGGUUGACGUCUCAAUCGCGUUGUGCUUGUUUAGGCCAACAGAGGGGGCUGCUCGCUUAUAGUAGCUUCAUUCACUCUUCUUCUUCAACUAACCACUUGCUCGCGAUAGUUUUAGAGAAAACUGCUAUGGAAAACUCGGCCAGAAGCUAGCAAGUGUCAAGUGAAUCCACAACAUCACCACAAACGUCUUUUCAAGCCAGAUGGGAGAGGAAGGAGAAGGAAACAUGAAGGGAGUAAAAAGACUGAAGCAAGGAGAGUGUAGAAGAGUGAGGUGGAAAGGUGAAGAGAAGGAAAGGAAGACGUGAAGAAAAGAGGAGGAGAAAGAUUGGAGGAGAAUAAAAAGUUAAGAGACUAAUUAAGACUGGCACAAGGAGAGUGAAGAAGAGCAGACAGAGGAGAUACAAUGACUCUUUCCAAGAAAUGGGAAUACACUUUUUUUAUGAUAAACAUGAUGAGAGAAUUUCCAUUUCAUACGCUCAGGUCAAGACUAUAGAAUGGUUCACUGCAUCCUCUCUUUCAAUUGGCAGUCGGUGAAGAACGGCAGUGGUAGAACAUCAUCAGAUGAAAAAGCAUAAAGCCUCUCUGAUUGCCCGUGUUGGUAUGUCCUCUGUCACCACAUUCUUCAAGAAUAUGGUUUAGCUGUGCAGGAGGGUGUCUUUGCAAACCACACUAUGAGACACAAUCAUAGUUACAGAUCUAUGGACUGCACAGCACAACUGACACGGAAGCUUUAUGAGCAAAAGUUUACAUGUGCUAGGACAAAAUGUGACGCCAUAGUGAGUAACGUGUUAGUAACAUGGGCAACUACUUUGGUAACACAGGACCUAGACCAGGUUGAAUUUGUGUCCCUGUCCAUUGAUGCGUCCAAUCAUGGGAAUGUAAAGCUGCUGCCAAUAGUAGUCAGAUAUUGUAAGAUAUAUGAAGGCAGCACAUCUGUGGAAACAAAACUGCUUGAUUUUGUUGAAUUGAAUGGAGAAACAGCAGAGGAAAUUGCAGCUGAGGUCCUGGUGGUCAUCCAAAAAUGUAACUUAGAAAACAUUCUCUGCCGACAACAAAUACCAACUUUGGAGGACUGAAUAGGCUGGGGAGGGUCAAUGUCCAUACCAAAGUUAAAAAUGCUCUGCAGCGGGAGGUGAUUGGCUUAGGUUUUCAUUCAUAACACGGCCAGAACAGCUUUGGAUAUGAUGUUGAGUAUCUGCUCAUAAAGAUCUUUGAUAUUUUCACUGUCAGAGUAGAAAGACUGAAGGGCUUUUGUGAGUUUGUUGGCCAGGAGUAACAUAACAUUUUAGGACCCAGCAAUGUUCGCUGGAUGUCCAUGCUCCCUGCUCUAGAAAGAGUGCUGAAAAUGUAUGUGCCAUUAAAAUCCUUUUUUAUUUCUGAAGACAAAUGCCCUGUUGUCCUGCGAACAAUGUUCGAAGAUCCACUGACUGAACUUUGGCUGGCCUUUGUCCAUGGAAACUUGACUGUAUUCAGUGACACGAUCAAGAUGCUUGGAGGCCAGGACCACUGUGCUGUGGACUCCGCUGCAAUUCUGAGAAACGUUCAGGCAAAAUUGACUGCAAGACGUGAUGAAAACUUCCAGUUUUGGUCAGAGGACUUUGAGAGAGCUAGAGGAAAAUGGAGCCAUGUCUAAAGGCAGCUUUCUCAAAACAUCCCAAUCAUUCUUCACUAUGGCUGUGAACUACUUGCAAGCAUGGGGAAAGCACACAGAUCAUCUAAAAGAUUUACAUGGUCUCCUUUUAAAAAGGCAACCUCAGCGUGAAGAGAUUCAGAAGGCAUUUUAUUUUAUUUUUUUAUUUUAUUUCACCUUUAUUUAACCAGGUAGGCUAGUUGAGAACAAGUUCUCAUUUGCAACUGCGACCUGGCCAAGAUAAAGCAUAGCAGUGUGAGCAUACAACAAAGAGUUACACAUGGAGUAAACAAUUAACAAGUCAAUAACACAGUAGAAAACAAAGGGGGGGUCUAUAUACAAUGUGUGCAAAAGGCAUGAGGAGGUAGGCAAAUAAUUACAAUUUUGCAGAUUAACACUGGAGUGAUAAAUGAUCAGAUGGUCAUGUACAGGUAGAGAUAUUAGUGUGCAGAAGAGCAGAAAAGUAAAUAAAUAAAAACAGUAUGGGGAUGAGGUAGGUGAAAAGGGUGGGCUAUUUACCAAUAGACUAUGUACAGCUGCAGCGAUCGGUUAGCUGCUCAGAUAGCUGAUGUUUGAAGUUGGUGAGGGAGAUAAAAGUCUCCAACUUCAGCGAUUUUUGCAAUUCGUUCCAGUCACAGGCAGCAGAGUACUGGAACGAAAGGCGGCCAAAUAAGGUGUUGGCUUUAGGGAUGAUCAGUGAGAUACACCUGCUGGAGCGCGUGCUACGGAUGGGUGUUGCCAUCGUGACCAGUGAGCUGAGAUAAGGCGGAGCUUUACCUAGCAUAGACUUGUAGAUGACCUGGAGCCAGUGGGUCUGGCGACGAAUAUGUAGCGAGGGCCAGCCGACUAGAGCAUACAAGUCGCAGUGGUGGGUGGUAUAAGGUGCUUUAGUGACAAAACGGAUGGCACUGUGAUAGACUGCAUCCAGUUUGCUGAGUAGAGUGUUGGAAGCCAUUUUGUAGAUGACAUCGCCGAAGUCGAGGAUCGGUAGGAUAGUCAGUUUUACUAGGGUAAGCUUGGCGGCGUGAGUGAAGGAGGCUUUGUUGCGGAAUAGAAAGCCGACUCUUGAUUUGAUUUUCGAUUGGAGAUGUUUGAUAUGAGUCUGGAAGGAGAGUUUGCAGUCUAGCCAGACACCUAGGUACUUAUAGACGUCCACAUAUUCUAGGUCGGAACCAUCCAGGGUGGUGAUGCUAGUCGGGCAUGCAGGUGCAGGCAGCGACCGGUUGAAAAGCAUGCAUUUGGUUUUACUAGCGUUUAAGAGCAGUUGGAGGCCACGGAAGGAGUGUUGUAUGGCAUUGAAGCUUGUUUGGAGGUUAGAUAGCACAGUGUCCAAAGACGGGCCGAAAGCAUCAGCCACACGGCAGGAGAAAUGCCCCAAUGUGACCAUCAAUGAGGAUGCAUCAUUGUGUGACGAAGUUACUGGCCUGUAAGAGUUCCUAAAGGGGGGAUCGCUUGAAUGGAAAACAUCUGAGACACCACUUAGUCAGAGAUUGAGCACGGUGGUUACCCACUUCAAAUAUAAUGACAUCCCACACACUAACCUGGCUAGAUUUAGCGUCUGUUGUCAUGUGCUUACCUGGAAGUAAUGCACCAGUCGAGAGAGUGUUCUCCCAAAUGAAUGAUCUAUGGACAGCAGCAAGAAAUAGGUUCACUGUUCCUACCAUCAAGGCCAUGCUUAUUGUGAAGACAAACUAUUACCUCCCCUGCCAGGAGUUCAUGGAGAAGCUGGCCAAAGACAGAGCAAUCCUGAAGAAAAUACAUUCUUCUGAGAAAUAUACAGAUUAGAAUGCAUUUUCCUUGUCACAGAAGAGUUAAGACUUGACCCCAUGGUUGGAUAUCAUGCUGUUGAAUUACUUGAAAGGUUCAUGAUAAAGCACCUGGAGGAUCUGUUUUCAAUACCACACACACCUGCAGGGGCAGCAGGUGCCCAUAAAGGAAAUUACGCGGACCUUGUUUAUGAGAAACUGAGUGAGAAGUUCCAUCUCAUUCUCCUGUCUUGUGUGCAAAUAGCAAGCAAACUGUCUUUGCACAGUGCUGUGGUUGACAACAACACAGCAGCGCAGUUUCUUCACUCGAUGGGCCACAGCAUUUCCAAACAAACUAUCAUGGACAUGGAGCUGAUGAUCUUGAAAGCACUUGACUUCAGGCUAAACACCCCCAACCCUCUGACUUAUGUUGAGAUACUCCUGGAGGUGCUUGGGCACAAUGACUCUUCUAUCCCUGUGGAGCACCUGCAUCACCUCAGCAGACAUGUGCUCCAGUUCACCUACCUCCAGAGGACAGCCAUCUAUGACUCCCUGCUCAAGGCCACCACUCAGUGCCUGAGCCCAUCUGACGAACAGAGAAAGACUUUCGUGUCGGUGACUGAAGACUGCAUGCUUCUUGGUGUUGGUGUCAUUGCUGUGGGUGCAUACAUCCUCAAUGUCACUAACUGGGAACAGGUAGUGGAGGAGCUGAGUCACAUCACAGGGAUCUCAGUGAAGAGCAUCAGUGAUUUCACACAUGUUACACUGAUGCACAUUACCAAGAACAACUCUCCCAUGGUCACAGCAACUUGAGUUGAGUCCGAACAACACAUUCAUCGAUUGAAAGAUUUUAUUUACGCUAAUUUGUUUUAAGUUGGUCUGAAACUUGACAAUGAACUUAAGUUUCUUCAGCUACAGGAAGUUAUGAAAGAAAGAAAGCCAUUGAGACUUAGACAGUACAGUACUAUAUAGUAAAACAGUACAGUAAAACUACAGUGUCUGUGUAUGUAAAAAGAUUGAAAGGUUCACACCAAACAUCUGAUAUAAAAACUAGCUCCCUGAGUUUGACUUUCUAGUUGAUUUCCUUAAGAAUUUAACUUCUAUUUUCUGGAUGUUUAGUUCUGUUUACUGUUCCAACAAUUAGCAGCAUUAAAGAGCC